UGUUUUCCUCGUUACUCCGCCAGUUGAUCAGAGCCCUCUUUGUUAGUAACUUUAUAUUAGUUAUCGCCAUUGUUCCUUUUACAGUGCUUAUGUGUUCGCGUGUUUUCUCCGUCUUUUCGAAGAUCUAUCGUAGCCAUUCUCCGUGGUACUGUGAUCAGUGAUCCGUUUGUUAACGUUUCUUAGAAUGUAGCGAAGAUCCAACGCGACGCUCUCUAAAGAUACGUAAUAUGAUAAUCGUAACGGGCGAAAGAACCAUCCAUUUGUGCUUGUUCCUUUCAAACUAAAGGAACAUGUGCUAUCUAUACAGUGGCUAUUAAUGUGAUACUCUUAUGAAAAAAUUAUUGCGUGUAAGAUGGCAAAAGACGAAGGGGACGAUCUCCUACCAGACAAAGACGCGGCAAAAGGAUUCUACGCGAAAUAUGAACCCAAAGAAAUCCUUGGAAGAGGAAUAUCUUCCACUGUUAGAAGAUGUAUAGAAAAAGAAACAGGCAUAGAAUAUGCAGCUAAAAUCAUUGAUAUUAGUAAUGAAACUAAUGAUGAUGGUAAUACUAUGAAAGAUGCUACAUUACAAGAGGUGCAUAUUCUUCGUAGAGUAGCUGGUCAUCCCUAUAUUAUUGAAUUGCACGAUGUCUUUGAGUCUAGUACAUUCAUUUUUCUAAUUUUUGAAAUUUGUAAAAAUGGAGAGUUAUUCGACUACCUCACAUCAGUUGUUACUCUUUCCGAGAAAAAAACACGUUACAUCAUGAGACAAGUGUUUGAAGGAGUCCUACAUAUACAUAAUCAAGGAAUAGUACAUAGAGAUUUGAAACCAGAAAAUAUAUUACUGGAUGAUAAUUUAAAUGUGAAAAUAACAGAUUUUGGUUUCGCCAGAGUAUUAAAAGGAGAGGACAAAUUAUAUGAUCUCUGUGGUACUCCUGGAUACUUGGCACCAGAGGUGCUGAAGUGCAAUAUGUUUGAAAAUGCAGAAGGCUAUAGAUACGAAGUUGACAUAUGGGCCUGUGGAGUAAUUAUGUUUACAUUGUUAGUUGGUUGUCCUCCAUUUUGGCAUAGAAAACAGAUGGUCAUGCUUAGAAAUAUUAUGGAGGGGAAGUACUCUUUUACAUCCCCAGAAUGGGCAGACAUAACAGAAGCCCCAAAAGAUCUGAUAAGAAAGUUACUAGUCAUUGAGCCCAAGAAGAGAAUUCCUAUUAAGGAAGCAUUAGAUCAUUCGUUUUUCCAUACAGUGCUGUGGGAUCAAGACAUCGCUCCACUAAAACGUUCACUAUCAACUAAUUCUCGGCGUCUGAGUAGGAUAUCUCAGUUAGCUUUGGAAUUAAAGGCAAAAUCAUUUAACGCACGAAAAAGAUUCCAAUUAGCUAUCAUUUGUGUUCGUGCGGUUGUCCGUAUUAAACGGCUCCAUACAACACCCGAGCCUCUUUCGACCCAUGUGGCAUGCACUGAUCCUUACAGGAUUAAAAUUUUACGAAAGGUCGUCGAUGGUUGUGCAUUCAGAGUUUAUGGUCAUUGGGUAAAAAAGGGAGAAGGACAAAAUCGAGCCGCGUUAUUUGAAAACACACCAAAGACAGAACUGAAGCACCUUUAUGUUAGUAAUUUGAGCAGAUAACCAAUGUUUUAAUAAAACAUUGUUUAGUUAAAAUUAUUAAUUCUUUAGUUAGUCGACAUUUACAGUAUCUAAACAAAAUAUUCAGUAAGAAAACAGUAAAAAAAUAAGUAACUUGCCAAAAGGUAGGUGUCAAUACUUUCUCUUGGUUCUGUUUAAAUCUGCCGUAAAAUUAGGUAAACGUCGUCACGUGUUAAUUGUCUUUAGAUAUUGUAAAAUAAUGGAAGACGUUAAUUGGAUUGUUGAAUUUCCAAAUUUUUUUAUGUAAGAAUGGAUUUACAUAUUUAUUGUUUCUAUAGGCCUGUUAUAUGGUCUUAUUCGUUAUUUAAAAGUGUAGUGCUGCUCAAUAAAUAGAAAUGAUAAACUUCUCAAACAAAAAAAGAAAAUAUUAAGAAAUGUGAAAAAUUAUGUUAGUGAUAUGCUACAAACCUUUAGCAUCACACUUUUGGAGUGUGUUUUGUGUUUAGAUAAAGUAUUAUAUUCAAAACAGUUUGUGAAACUAUUUUUUGAAUAUUCUAUCUUAAAUUAAUAAUAAUUUUUUCUUUACAGUAUUUACUGCUCUUUUCAUAGCACAAUAUAACAUAAAACAACUUAUUUUCAAAUAAAAAAAAAUAAGUUUGAGAACAAAUUUCCUCGUGUGCUAAAAAAGGAAUUAAGACUUUUAAAAUAAUUAUAUGUUGAAUGUAGAUAAAGGUGCUUAUGCGUACAAACAUAAAAAUACAGUAUAUGCAUAAAGAAUUACCGUUUUGUUCCAUGACUAUAUUUCUUAUGUUUGUACAUUUCUAUAAAAUAUAUCCAGUAGCCACAUAAAUAAGAGUUACAUAAUUUACUACAAAUCAGCAACACAUACAAAAUUAAAUUUUUACUAAUACUUUUACUGUAAUAUAUUGUUAAAUUAUAUUUUGUACAACAUUAAUAAUAAUAAGUGAGCAUUAAG